AAUGUAGAUGCACCACGCCCGCCCUUACUGGAUCCCCACAAGGCUGUGAACAGAGGGGAAUGAGGAGCCUGUGACUGGAGAGAGGAGGAGGAGGAGCUUCCCAACCACAUCUGCCUGUGCCUGCAGUCACUUUGCAAAGGCUGAAGCCUGAGGAGAUGCCAGUCCCCUCUAGGCUGUGUGCACAAACCACUGUGAGCAUCCUUAAUGCUCAGUCUCAGCUGCUCCGCAGCUGAAUGCACCUGUGAUUCCCAGAUGUGACUCAGUGGACUGCAGCACAAGAGGGUGGCUCCAUGCAGGUUGGCAGCACCGGAGAAGGAGGUGAGCAGCCUGGGUCCAGCAGCAGCAGCCAUUGUCUCGGCUCCCAGGUCCCUUCACUCUGGAAUCACAGGUCCCAUGUGGGAUGGGACAGGCCAGUGACAGUGCCCAACCCAACUUCAUCCUCCUGGGCUUCUCGGACCACCCUGGCCUGGAGCCAGUGCUCUUUGUGCUGGUCCUCCUCUGCUACCUGCUGACCCUGGCAGGGAAUGGCACCAUCACUGUAGUCUCCCAACUGCACAUCCCCAUAUACUUCUUUUUCAGCAACCUGUCCUUCCUGGACCUCUGCUUCACCAGCAGCCUUGCCCCUCAGACCCUGAUUCACUUGCGGGGCCCAGAGAAGACCAUCACAUAUGGGGGCUGUGUGGUGCAGCUCUAUAUUUCCCUGGUGCUGGGCUCCACUGAGUGCGUCCUCCUGGCUGUGAUGGCCCUAGAUCGCUAUGUCACUGUCUGCAGACCCCUCCACUAUGCCGUUAUCAUGAGCCCCCAGCUCUGCCACCAGCUGGCCAUGGCCUCCUGGCUUAGUGGUGUGGCCGACUCCCUGGUCCAUGCCAUCUACACCUUGCAGCUGCCUCUUUGUGGUAACCACAGGCUGGAUCACCUCAUUUGCGAGGUCCCUUCGCUCCUCAAGCUGGCUUGUGUGGACACCACGGUCAACGAGCUGGUGCUUUUUGUGGUUAGCAUCCUGUUCCUCAUUCUUGCCCCUGCACUCAUCCUUGUAUCCUAUGGCUUCAUCGCUCAAGCUCUGCUGAAGAUCAGAUCCUCAGAGGCACGGCACAAGGCCUGCAGCACCUGCUCCUCGCACCUGAUGGUGGUGGUCAUUUUCUAUGGCACCAUCAUCUACAUGUACCUGCAGCCCCGGGACAGCUACGCCCAGGACCAGGGCAAGGUCAUCUCCCUCUUCUACACCAUGGUGACGCCUGCCUUGAACCCCAUCAUCUACACGCCGAGGAACAAGGACGUGAAAGGGGCUCUGAGGAAACUUCUCCUGGGGAUUCUGUGUCCCCAACGCAUACGCUGCUAGAGGAGCUGAUGUUAAGCCCUGGGCUCAAUCAGCUGCAUCCGCCAAACCAGCUGCUCCAAACUCAACCCCAAUGGCUUUGCCACCCACUUAUUUGUCUUUGUGAUGGCCUUGCUCUCUGUCUUGUACAACUAAGCAAAUAGUGCCUGGUCCAUGUCACUGGAAGCUUGGGCAGGGAGAAGCAGUGUGUAUGCGUGUGUGUGUGCAUGUGUGUGUUUGCAUGUGUGUGUGCAUGUUUGUGUUGUGACCCUUGCUAUGUGUCCAUGGUUCACUUCUGACACAGGUUCUCAUAUUCUCAAUUUUGCCAACUCUGCUCUAGUAAAUGAGGUUUUCAUUUUUUAAAAUUUCAGCGAAUUGUUUGGUUUCCAGAAAUAAAGUUUGUAUUUACGUCUAGUGUCCCCCAUUAAAG